AUGCAAUGGACAGAUCGUCCCUUCAUCAUCGGUAUUGCUUCUGGCCUUGCCAUUGCUGUCAUCGUUGAUCAGCUCCGUCAGUUCUACGACAGCCACACCUCGGCCUCAAGGGACCAACGACGGCCUCCAUACUCCCAAUCCCAUGUGGACGAAACCAUAAAUUCAAAGGGAGUGAACCAGAUAUCUCCUCCACCCGUCGGCAAUGGCAUAGAAUCGACCAUAGGUUCCACGCCUCUUAUCGUCAUUCCCUCACUUUCAGGCUUCACCGGCUGCACAAUCCUCGCCAAAUGCGAACACCUCAACGGUGCCGGUGGCUCACCCAAAGAUCGGGUCGCGCUGUCAAUCCUCACUCGAGCGGAAGCGCAGGGCCUCCUUACGCCUCACACUGGAGACACCGUCUACGAGGGAACGGUUGGGUCAACGGGGAUAUCAUUGGCAACUUUAUGCCGCGCAAAGGGCUAUCUGGCCCACAUUUGCAUGCCGAACGAUCAAUCUCAUGAAAAAUCCAACCUCUUGUUGAAACUUGGUGCGGUUGUGGAACGAGUCCCGCCCGCGCCGAUAGUAGACCAAGAGCAUUUCGUCAACCGCGCUCGCAAUCUCGCCCGGGAACACACGGAAAACCCGGAGAAGAAAGGCAGAGGAUACUUUGCCAACCAGUUUGAAACAGAGGCCAAUUGGCGAGCGCAUUACGAAGGCACAGGGCCCGAGAUAUAUGCUCAGUGCCAGGGCCACAUCGAUGCAUUUACCGCGGGCGCGGGGACAGGAGGAACGAUAUCAGGCGUGGCUACGUAUCUUAAAGAAAAGCUGCCAGACGUUCAAGUUGUCCUUGCAGACCCUCACGGUUCGGGGCUGUAUAACAAAAUCAAACAUGGCGUCAUGUUCCAUUCACUGGAGAAGGAAGGGACCAGGAGAAGAGAUCAAGUCGAUACGAUUGUGGAGGGCAUCGGGUUGACUCGCUCCACCCUGAAUUUCGAGCAGGGAAGGGAGUUAAUUGACGAUGCCGUCAAGGUGAACGACCAGCAGGCGAUGAAUAUGGCGAGACUGCUGGUCGAGAGGGAUGGCAUAUUUGUAGGGAGCAGUAGCGCUGUGAACUGGCCCGGUCAUACGGUCGUCACGAUUCUGUGUGACUCUGGUAUGCGCCACCUGUCCAAGUUCUGGGCACGGAUAGGUGAAAUUGGAGGGGAGGCACGCACGACCCUCGAGGAUAUCCUUGAAGGCAGACGGUUGGACUGA